CAAAGCAAUUGUAAAUCCCAUGGACAUCCAGACCUCCAGUGCAGUGCUAUGGACCUGCGUUAAAGCUGUAGCUAUCUGGUUAAUCUCCAUGCUCCUGGCAGUUCCUGAAGUGGUGUUCUCUGAACUGGCCCACAUCAAUGACACGAGUAAUGUCACUUUCACAGCAUGCAUACCAUACCCCAUGACGGAUGAUAUGCACCCGAAGAUCCAUUCUGUCCUGAUUUUCCUUGUGUAUUUCCUUAUCCCUCUUGCUAUUAUUAGUAUCUACUACUAUCAUAUUGCAAAGAGUUUAAUAAAAAGUGCUCACAAUAUCCCUGGAGAAUACAGUGAGCAUUCCAAAAGACAGAUGGAAACUCGGAAACGUCUGGCCAAAAUUGUUCUAGUUUUUGUUGGCUUCUUUGCUAUCUGUUGGUUUCCUAACCAUGUGCUAUACAUGUACCGAUCUUUUAAUUACAAUGAGAUUGAUCCAUCGACAGGACAUAUGGUUGUUACCUUAGUGGCCAGAGUGCUAAGCUUCUGCAACUCUUGUGUCAACCCAUUUGCACUGUAUUUUCUCAGUGAGAGUUUUAGAAGACAUUUCAACAACCAGCUUCGCUGCAGGAGGAAGGCUCAGCAAGAGAGAUCUGCCAGCUACUUGCGCAACUCUUCUGCCAUUCAGAUGACUUCCCUGAAAAGCAAUACCAGGAACACAGUGACUAGCAUGACACAACUGAAUGGGCACAACUUGAAACAAGAAAUGUCAUUAUGAUUUAAUAGGUG